UCUGUAUCGUUUUAGCGUGCUAGAAUAUAGUACGGUGUCGCAGCAACUUUUGCAUCACACCGCACAGUCUGUCUUUGCCGGAUUUUAUGACUACAUUGGGCAAAUUAUAAAGAUAUGCAUGACAUGCCUUGAAAAACAUUACCAGCUCAAGAAUUUGUAAAAUGGGUAAAAAGGAUAAAGACCGGGACAAGAAGUCCAAAAAACGCUUCUAUGAGGAGGAAGAAGACGAUGAAGAGGUAGUGGGCGGUGAAUCUCAGGAGGCCAUACCUGCUGCUGCAGGGAAACAAGUGGAUGAGUCUAGUACAAAACUGGACGAGUAUGGGGCCAAAGACUACCGUGCUCAGAUGCUGCUGAAGAAUGAUCACUCUUCACGACCCCUCUGGGUGGCACCAGAUGGACACAUCUUUCUGGAAGCCUUCUCACCAGUGUACAAGUACGCGCAGGAUUUUUUGGUGGCCAUUGCAGAACCGGUGUGCAGGCCUAACCAUAUUCAUGAGUACAAAUUGACAGCCUAUUCCCUGUAUGCUGCUGUCAGCGUGGGGCUGCAGACCUCUGAUAUUGUGGAGUACCUGCAAAAACUCAGCAAGACGUCUGUACCUGAUGGAAUCGUGCAGUUCAUUAAGCUCUGCACAGUGAGCUAUGGCAAAGUGAAGCUGGUGCUCAAACACAAUAGGUAUUUUGUUGAGAGCGCCUUCCCCGAUGUGAUCCAGCGCCUUUUGCAGGACAACGUGAUCCGUGAAUGUCGACUCCGAACUGCAGACGGGGCAGACACUGAGCUCAUAACUGAAGUCAUCCACAGCAAAUCGGCGAUCUCAAGGUCUGUUCAGGAAAAGGGAGGUACUUCCACCUCACAGCAGCCAGGCGAUGGACAAGCGUCGACCCAGCAGGUCCCUGAGGACAUCUUCAGCUACUAUGAGCAGAUGGAUAAAGAAGAGGAGGAGGAGGAAGAGACUCAGACUGUGUCCUUUGAGAUUCGCCAAGAGAUGAUUGAAGAGCUGCAGAAGCGCUGUAUUCAGCUGGAGUACCCCCUACUUGCAGAGUACGACUUUCGCAAUGAUACAGUCAACCCAGACAUCAACAUAGACCUGAAGCCCACUGCUGUGUUGCGACCCUACCAGGAAAAGAGUCUGCGGAAGAUGUUUGGGAAUGGACGCGCUCGCUCCGGCGUCAUCGUGCUGCCCUGUGGAGCAGGAAAAUCUCUGGUGGGCGUGACGGCAGCGUGCACAGUCCGUAAACGCUGCCUGGUACUGGGUAACUCCUCAGUGUCCGUGGAGCAGUGGAAGGCUCAGUUUAAGAUGUGGUCCACGAUUGAUGACUCUCAGAUCUGCCGCUUCACCUCAGACGCCAAGGACAAGCCAAUCGGGUGCUCAGUGGCCAUCAGUACCUACUCCAUGCUGGGUCACACCACAAAGCGCUCCUGGGAGGCUGAGCGAGUCAUGGAGUGGAUGCGGAGCCAGGAGUGGGGACUCAUUAUCCUGGAUGAGGUGCACACUAUCCCCGCCAAGAUGUUUCGACGUGUUCUAACUAUUGUCCAGGCACACUGCAAACUGGGACUCACUGCCACACUGGUCAGGGAAGAUGACAAGAUUGUGGACCUCAACUUCCUAAUCGGGCCAAAACUAUUCGAGGCCAACUGGAUGGAAUUGCAGAACAAUGGCUACAUUGCUAAAGUCCAGUGUGCAGAAGUGUGGUGCCCAAUGUCGCCAGAGUUUUACAGAGAGUAUGUGGCCAUUAAGACGAAGAAGCGCAUCCUGCUUUAUACGAUGAACCCCAACAAGUUCCGUGCUUGCCAGUUCCUCAUCCGUUUCCACGAGCGGCGCAAUGACAAGAUUAUCGUCUUUGCUGACAACGUCUUCGCCUUGAAGGAAUACGCCAUUCGCCUCAACAAGCCUUACAUCUAUGGUCCAACCUCCCAGGGGGAACGUAUGCAGAUUUUACAGAACUUCAAACACAACCCCAAGAUCAACACCAUUUUCAUCUCCAAAGUUGGAGACACCUCAUUUGACUUGCCAGAGGCCAAUGUUCUGAUACAGAUAUCCUCCCAUGGCGGAUCACGCAGACAGGAAGCCCAGAGGCUUGGCAGAGUCCUACGAGCCAAGAAAGGAAUGGUAGCAGAGGAGUACAAUGCGUACUUCUACUCACUGGUGUCCCAGGACACCCAGGAAAUGGCUUACUCCACCAAGAGGCAGAGGUUCCUGGUGGAUCAGGGAUACAGCUUUAAGGUGAUCACAAAGUUGGCAGGUAUGGAAGAAGAAGACUUGAUGUUCUCCUCCAGAGAAGAACAACAGCAGCUGCUUCAGAAGGUCCUAGCUGCUUCAGACUUGGAUGCUGAGGAGGAAGUGGUGGCUGGCGAGAUGGGCGUACGGCCACAGUUCUCAAGGCGAACAGGAACCAUGAGCUCCAUGUCAGGUGCAGAUGAUACGGUCUACAUGGAAUAUCAGAGUCGAGGCAGCAAAGCUCUCAUUGCAAACAAGGGCAUACAUCCACUGUUUAAGCGCUUCAGAAAAUAGAAAGACUGACUCAAACCUUGAAGCCCUCCUCAGCUGCAACAGGGCAAUAGGAUGGAAUUUGGUGCCCAGUACAGGGGCUGAGGUCUGGACUACCAGCAACAGGUUCAGAUAAUCCAGCUGGUGCAUUGCUUCCGUCUUGUAGCUGAUGAUGAAUGAUCGCUGAAAUUACCUCUGCAUCUUGUCAAGAAUGCAGCAAAUUCUUUUGAAUGCCUGCAAGACCCUAUGUGAUAAAUAUGAACAUUUUAGCUCCUGCUUCUGUAAACACCUACAUGCACGACUGUUGCAUAUGAAAUACAAACUCUGCCAAUGAACCAAUCAUGGCCAAUUAGGCUUUGUUUCUGAGAUUCAAACCAAAUUCCACAGAUGUUGACUUUGCUUGCGGUACAUUUCAGCCACAAAUGUUGGCAUGUAGGAUGAAAGUGGGUAGGUGUAGGUGAUGUUGGGUAGCUAAAGAUCAGUUCUCAGUCAUAUCACAGCGAAUGAUAGGCUGUUUUACUGACAACUCAAUGGGAAGGCUUUUUGUCAGUAUAAAAUUUUGUAAAUGUGGCUACAUUUUAUGUGUUGAAACAUCACAGAUUAAAACUUCAUAAUCGGUGGGCAUUAACUUGUUCACUCAUAUUUUGUUCCGGAAGCAACUUCUUUAAAAUGUUGCUAAGUAUGUUUUGUAAAAGAAAUGUUUGUUUGAAAUGUUCAUUUUGUGAUUCUUGCUCACAUUCCUAAAGAAUGAAAGUUCUACAUGUUGUUGUUUUUGUUGCUGUUUUAGGCACAAGGAAACACUUGUUUACAUCAGCACCUUUUCAAUUUGUCUAUUAUAUACAGUGGAACAUUAAGCACAAAUGUUUGAUAAAAUA